AUGGAAGCUAGAGUAGGAGAUGCGAAGAGGCUAGUGUUUGUGACGGUGGGAACAACGAGUUUCGAUGCUCUCGUGAAGGCAGUGGUGAGUCAAAAUGUUAAAAGCGAGUUGCAGAAGCGAGGAUAUACUCAUCUUCUCAUUCAAAUGGGUCGUGGAAUCUUUUUCCCAACCAAGUGUGAUGGAGCAGAUGGAUCACUAGUUGUGGAUCACUUCACAUUUUCAUCAAGUAUAGCAGAUUAUAUUCGAUCUGCAUCUCUUGUUAUUAGUCACGCUGUGAAUGAAGAUUUAAUGGACAAUCAUCAGUGUGAAUUAGCUGAGGAGCUGCAAGAGAGGAAGCAUUUGUACUGCGCUCGUCCUCACACGCUUCAUCAAGCCGUGACGAAUAUGGAGUUGGAGUCUCUGGUUCGAUAUCCUCCUGGAGAUGGAACUCCUGUUGCGCGAAUUAUCGACAGGUUUCUUGGCUUCCCUGAUGAUUAA